UCUCGAGAACACGAUGAAUCCGAAUACCUCUUACACGGUUCUGGAGGCAUCACUAAUGCUUGAAAGCAACAGCGGAAGACUGCAUUGGCUCCUUAACAAGGAUGUGACGGCAGCGCAAGUAAAGGACUGCGAUUCGAAGGAAGUGCAGCCUCAAAAACCCGCCUCUUCCCUCCUACAUAUACGUCCCUGUCCACCCAAGCGUCGUUGUCAAGCUCAAGUUCGGACGGACGAGCGUCUCUGGAAACAGACGUCCCUCUAUGAGCCUAUACUUGCUGAACUUGAACGGGGAGCCGAAGAGAACAAUGUCCGCAAGCCACGAGCAGUCGCGUGCAUGCACGUCGUGCUUGAGAACGCGCUGAUCGGUCACAUCAAGGAACGCGGCAAAGGGCAUUGAGGGAGGGACUUCCGCACGCACCUUGUCCUGGCUCGAGCUCGAGCGCAACAAAGCGGCGGUCGCAGGGCGGGAUCAGCGUGUCGCUCCCGUCCCAGUGCUCGGCUUUGAGCGCUGACCCGAACGUUCCUUGGACGGCGGAGAAGGAUAGCUUAAUGCAGGUGAGAGGACCUCGACGAGAGGUGCAUAAUGGUCACUACGGAGUGCUGAUAGGGAAUCAGGACUGUAACCCC